AUGCGGUUACUAGUUUCAAUUGGGCUGGUGGUUCUCCUACCACUUCUAUGGUUCAUUGGUGUUAUUUUUACACCUGGAGACGAGACGGGAGGAGUUUUGGCCUUGUCCGUAGCAAAUGUGAUUCUUCGUCAUAUUCGACCAUGGGUUUAUAUUACUGCGGGAUUUUAUCACCCGUCCAUUGUCCAGCUGGUGUUUCUCGUUCCUCUGGCUUUUGGAUUGGCAAAACGGGUGGAACCUGAACUUGGUUCGUUUAAUCUUGUACGACUGCUGCUGUUUGCCAACACUGCAGCAGCAUUGGCUCUUUUUGUCAACCUUUUCGUGCUCUACAUUAUUUUUCGCAAUCCCACUUACCUGGAAGCGAGCUUUUCUGGUUUUACGGGUGGAAUCACAGCCUUGUUGGUGGCAUAUAUGAAGCCGGCGCCAUUUGCAACGGCAUCAUUGCUCCCUGGACUCAAGUUGCGAUUCUAUCCGCUUGUAGCGUGCAUCGCUUUUUCACUUUGUACAAUUGCUGGAAUCGUUUUUCCUGCUAUCCCGGCUGUUAGUUUGAGUGCUGGUCCAUUCUCUGUGCUUGGAGGCUACUUUGGAUGGUACUACCUUCGUUUUUACAAUAAGAACCGAGACCGCACUGUCGGGAACGUGUCGGACGAAUUUGCACUGGUGGUUUUGUUUCCGGAUAUCUGCUCACCACUCAUAGGUCCUCUUGCAAACUUCUGUUUCAGCGUGGCCAAGCUUUGUGGUUUUUUCAAGAAGCGCAUAGCACAGAAACCCAAAAUGCUGCCGAUCCUUACAGAGAUUAAGAAUGACCCGAUCGCUGAACGUCGAAAAGCGCGAGCAAUGAGAGCACUGGACGAAAAGCUGGCGAAGCUAGCUCAUGCUCGGAAUGACAAUGGAAUGUCGCCUAUGUUGUCUGUGGAAGUACAUGACGACGAAGAUUAA